CGGUGGUUGGUGCGAGCCGCGAGCGACGAGCCCAGCUCCACUCCGGCGCGUGCGGGCGGGCGUGCGCGCUCCGCCGCCCGAGUCGGGGGAAGGGGGAGGACGGAGGGGGAGAAGCCGAGGAGGGAGGAGUGGGAGGUGGGGGGGCACGAGGCGCCCUUCGCUCCCUCCCUCCCGAGGAGCCGCCGCCGCCGCCGCUCUGCCGCCGCCGCUCCCGCCGCCAUUUUGGGUUCGCUUUGCGGAGGGGGAGACGAUCCCCGUCUCGGUUGCGGGACCCGCCUCCCCUCAGUUUCCCCCGCUGAGCCCCGCGCCUUUCCCUUCUCCUCUCUCGCAUUUCCGCCAGUCCGCUCACCCGCCGGCCGCCUCUUGACAAGCGGGAGGGAUCCGCUGUGGACCAAGGGAAGCGGAGGAGCCUGGUGGCGGCCGUCCCCUCUUCCCCACUCGCCUGCACUCUCAUCUCCUUGGGCCUCGGCCUCUGACACGAGAAAGAGAUGCUGGUUGCACAUUUUGGAGAUCCCUGUUUUUUGUGGAACACAGUUCUGUAAAAUAUUCCUAGGAUUCCUUGGCAAUAACAUACACUUGUGAUGGACCCUAGAAAUACUGCUAUGUUAGGAUUGGGUUCUGAUUCCGAAGGAUUUUCAAGAAAGAGUCCCCCUGCCAUCAGUACUGGCACACUGGUCAGCAAGAGAGAAGUGGAGCUCGAGAGCGGCGCACAGGAGGAAGAGGGCCCUCGCAAGUGGAGUCGGGACAGAAACAACGAAGCGGGGAAAGGCGAUGGUCUGGCUGAUGCACAGCAGCAGUUUUCAGUGAAAGAAACGAACUUCUCAGAGGGAAAUUUAAAAUUGAAAAUUGGCCUUCAGGCUAAGAGAACUAAAAAACCUCCCAAGAACUUGGAGAACUAUGUAUGUCGACCUGCCAUAAAAACAACCAUCAAGCACCCAAGGAAAGCACUUAAAAGUGGGAAGAUGACAGAUGAGAAGAAUGAACACUGUCCUUCGAAACGGGACCCUUCAAAAUUGUAUAAGAAAGCAAGUGACGUUGCCGCCAUUGAAUGCCAAUCUGAAGAAAGCAUCCAUCUUCAUUCACAGGGAGAAAAUCCUUUGUCUAAGAAGCUUUCUCCAGUACACUCAGAAAUGACAGAUUACAUUAGUGCAGCAUCAUCUGCUCUGGUUGGUGGCCGGGAUCCUGAUUUAAAGGACAGAGCAUUACUUAAUGGAGGUACAAGUGUAACAGAGAAGUUGGCACAGCUUAUUGCAACUUGUCCUCCCUCCAAGUCUUCCAAGACAAAACCGAAGAAGCUGGGGGCUGGCACUGCGACUGCACGACUGGUCAGCAAGGGCUUGACCAGGAACGCGGGCGUUGGCUCUGUAGCUGGGGUGAUACAUAAGGGCUUCAUAAGAAAACCAGCUAUCAGCACAGCCCUGGGUUUGGCAACUAGGGAUCCUGGGAGAAAGCCAGUGUUUAAUGCAACAGUGGGAUUGGUCAGUAAGGACUCCGUGAACAAACUAGGAACUGGCACUACAGCGGUCUUCAUUAACAAAGACUUAGGCAAAAAGCCAGGGGCUAUCACUACGGUAGGACUGCUGAGCAAAGACUCAGGAAAGAAGGUAGGAAUUGGCAUUGUCCCGGGUUUGGUGAGUAAGGAAUCUGCAAAGAAGCUAGGAUUCGGCACUGUGGUCGGACUGGUUAACAAAGACUUAGGAAAGAAGUUGGGCUCUGCUGUUGGCCUAGUGGCCAAGGACUGUGCGAAGAAGAUUGUCGCAAAUGCAGCAAUGGGAUUAGUUAGUAAGGACAUUGGAAAGAGACUAGUGAGUUGUCCUGUGGCAGGACUGGUCAGUAAAGAGGCCCUGAACCUGAAAGCCGAAGCACUGCUCCCCACUCAGGAACCACUGAAGGCUUCUUGUAGCACAAACAUCAGCAGUCAUGAGAGUCAGGAACUUUCUGAAUCCCUGAAAGACAGUACCACCAGCAAAAUGUUUGAGAAGAAUAUCAUACGGCAGAGCAAAGAAAGCAUAUUGGAAAAGUUCUCAGUUCGCAAAGAAAUCAUUAAUUUGGAGAAAGAAAUGUUUAAUGAAGGAACAUGCAUUCAGCAGGACAGUUUCUCAUCUAGUGAAAGGGGGUCAUAUGAAACCUCGAAGCAUGAAAAGCAGCCUCCCGCGUAUUGCACUUCUCCAGACUUUCAGAUGGGAGGUGCUUCUGACGGGUCUACAGUUAAAUCCCCUUUUAGUGCAGUAGGAGAAAGCACUCUUCCUUCCCCAUCACCUACUGUCUCUGUUAACCCUUUAACCAGAAGUCCACCCGAAAGCUCUUCACAGUUGGCUCCUAACCCGUUACUUUUAAGUCCCACCACAGAACUAAUGGAAGAAAUUUCUGAAUCCGGUGGAAAGAACCAAUUUACUUCUGAAAGUACCCACUUGAACAUUGGUCAUAGGUCUGUAGGUCAUAGCCUGAGCAUUGAAUGUAAAGGGAUUGAUAAAGAGCUGAGUGAUUCCAAAACUACACAUAUAGAUAUUCCACGAAUAAGCUCUUCUCUGGGAAAAAAGCCAGGUUUGACUUCUGAAUCCAGUAUUCAUACAAUUACCCCUUCAGUUGUUAAUUUCACUAGUUUAUUUAGCAACAAGCCCUUUCUAAAACUUGGUGCAGUAACUGCAUCUGACAAACACUGCCAGGUUGCUGAGAGCCUAAGCUCUAGUUUGCAGUCCAAACCAUUAAAAAAAAGGAAAGGAAGGAAACCUCGGUGGACUAAAGUGGUGGCAAGGAGCACGUGCCGGUCUCCGAAAGGGCUAGAAUUAGAAAGAUCAGAGCUUUUUAAAAACGUUUCCUGUAGCUCACUAUCCAGUAGUAACUCUGAGCCAGCCAAGUUCAUGAAAAACCUUGGACCGUCUUCAUUCGUAGAUCAUGACUUCCUGAAACGCCGGUUGCCAAAGCUGAGCAAAUCCACCACUCCGUCUCUUGCUCUGCUGACUGACAGUGAAAAACCAUCUCAUAAGUCUUUCACUACUCACAAACUGUCCUCCAGCAUGUGUGUCUCUAGUGACCUUUUGUCCGAUAUUUACAAGCCCAAAAGAGGGAGACCUAAAUCUAAGGAGAUGCCACAACUGGAAGGUCCACCUAAAAGGACUUUAAAAAUCCCUGCCUCCAAAGUUUUCUCUUUGCAGUCUAAGGAAGAACAAGAACCCCCAAUUUUGCAGCCAGAAAUUGAAAUUCCUUCCUUCAAACAAAGUUUGUCUUUUCCGAAAAAGAGAGGCCGACCCAAGAGGCAAAUGAGGUCCCCGGUCAAGAUGAAGCCACCUGUCCUGUCAGUGGCUCCAUUUGUUGCCACCGAAAGUCCAAGCAAGCUAGAGUCGGAAAGUGACCACCAUCGAAGUAGCAGUGAUUUCUUUGAGAGUGAGGAUCAGCUUCAAGAUCCAGAAGAUCUAGAUGACAGUCACAGGCCACCUGUCUGUAGUAUGAGUGACCUUGAGAUGGACCCAGAUAAAAAAAUUGCGAAGAGAAACAAUGGACAGUUGAUGAAAACAAUUAUCCGCAAAAUAAAUAAAAUGAAGACUUUAAAGAGAAAGAAACUGUUGAAUCAGAUUCUUUCAAGCUCUGUAGAAUCAAGUAAUAAAGGGAAAGUGCAAUCCAAGCUCCAUAAUACAGUGUCAAGUCUUGCUGCCACUUUCGGCUCUAAAUUGGGCCAGCAGAUCAAUGUCAGCAAGAAGGGAACCAUUUACAUCGGAAAGAGGAGGGGCCGGAAACCCAAAACCGUCUUAAAUGGCAUUCUCUCUGCUAGCCCUGCCAGCCUUGCUGUUCUUGAGCAGACAGCUCAGCAGGCAGCUGGGGCAGCAUUCGGACAGUCCCUUCCCCCUUUACUGCCCUCAUCUGCCAGUAGCUCCGAGAUCCUUCCAUCCCCCGUUUGCUCCCAGUCUUCUGGGACUAGCGGAGGCCAGAGCCCCGUGAGCAGUGACGCAGGCUUCGUAGAGCCCAGUGCGGUGCCCUACUUGCAUUUACACUCCAGACAGGGCAGCGUGAUUCCAACCCUGGCGAUGAAGAAGGCCUCCAAGGGGAGGAGGCGAUUAUCUCCUCCGACUCUGCUGCCAAAUUCUCCCUCCCAUUUGAGUGAGCUCACCUCUCUGAAAGAAGCCACUCCUUCUCCCAUUAGUGAGUCUCACAGCGAUGAGACCAUUCCUAGCGACAGUGGAAUUGGAACAGAUAAUAACAGCACAUCAGACAGGGCUGAGAAAUUUUGUGGGCAAAAAAAGAGGAGGCAUUCUUUUGAGCAUGUGUCUCUGAUCCCCCCGGAAACCUCGACAGUCCUCAGCAGUCUUAAAGAAAAACAUAAACAUAAAUGUAAGCGCAGGAAUCAUGAUUACCUCAGCUAUGACAAGAUGAAAAGGCAGAAACGAAAACGGAAAAAGAAAUACCCGCAACUCCGAAACAGACAGGACCCAGACUUCAUUGCAGAGCUGGAGGAGUUAAUAAGCCGUCUAAGUGAGAUUCGAAUCACCCAUCGAAGCCAUCACUUUAUCCCCCGAGACCUCCUGCCAACUAUUUUUCGAAUCAAUUUUAAUAGUUUCUAUACACACCCUUCUUUCCCCUUAGACCCUUUGCACUACAUCCGAAAACCUGACUUAAAAAAGAAGAGAGGGAGACCCCCUAAGAUGAGGGAGGCGAUGGCUGAAAUGCCUUUCAUGCACAGCCUCAGUUUUCCCCUUUCGAGUACUGGGUUCUAUCCCUCCUACGGCAUGCCUUACUCGCCCUCACCCCUGACCGCUGCCCCCAUAGGCCUAGGGUACUAUGGCAGAUACCCCCCCACUCUGUACCCACCUCCGCCGUCCCCUUCUUUCACCACUCCGCUCCCACCUCCCUCCUACAUGCAUGCCGGUCAUUUGCUCCUCAACCCUACCAAGUACCAUAAGAAGAAGCAUAAGUUACUUCGCCAGGAGGCCUUUCUGACCACCAGCAGGACCCCCCUCCUGUCCAUGAGCACCUACCCCAGCGUCCCCCCCGAGAUGGCCUAUGGCUGGAUGGUGGAGCACAAGCACCGGCACCGGCACAAGCACCGGGAGCAUCGCUCCUCCGAGCAGCCCCAGGUUUCCAUGGACACUGGUUCUUCCAGGUCUGUCCUGGAGUCCUUAAAGCGCUAUCGGUUUGGAAAGGACCCUGUCGGAGAGCGAUACAAGCAUAAGGAAAAGCACCGGUGUCACAUGUCCUGCCCUCAUCUCUCGCCUUCAAAAAGCUUAAUCAACAGAGAAGAACCAUGGGUCCACCGAGAGCCUUCAGAAUCGAAUCCUUUGGCCUUGGGGUUGCAGACACCUUUACAGAUUGACUGUUCAGAAAGUUCUCCAAGUUUAUCGCUUGGCGGAUUCACUCCCAACUCUGACCUGGCCAGCAGCGAUGAACACACAAACCUUUUCACAAGCGCAGUCGGCAGCUGCAGAGUCUCAAACCCUAACUCCAGUGGCCGGAAGAAAUUACCUGACAGCCCUGGACUGUUCUCUGCACAGGACACGUCACACAGUCGGCCCCACAGGAAGGAGCCACUGCCUCCCGGCGGGAGGGCAGCCCCAACCCUGGCAGGUUCCCAGCCAACCUCAGAUAAGUCUUCCCAGCGAGCAUCCGAGAGCACAAACUGUAGCCCUACCCGGAAGAGAUCUUCAUCUGAGAGUACUUCUUCAACAGUGAACAGCGGCAUUCCCUCUCGAAGUCCAAGGUUGGCUGUGUCUGGGGACGACGCUGUGGACAGUCUGCUGCAGCGGGUGGCACAACGGGAGGACCAAGAGGCCCUGGAGAGAAACAUGGAUGCUGUGGUGGCAUCCGCCUCUGUGCCGUCUGCCUCUAGCCCAGGCCACAGCCACAGCAAGGAGCGGCCCCUGGGGAAACCAGACAGCCUCCUGGUGCCCACAGUCCCCACUGACUCCUGCAGUAAUGGCAUCUCACUCCUUUCUGAGAAGUUGCCAAGCAGCUGUUCCCCCCAUCAUAUCAAGAGAAGUGUAGUGGAAGCCAUGCAGCGCCAAGCUCGGAAAAUGUGCAAUUAUGACAAAAUCCUGGCCACUAAGAAAAACCUGGACCAUGUCAAUAAAAUUUUAAAAGCCAAAAAACUUCAAAGACAGGCCAGGACAGGAAAUAACUUUGUGAAACGCAGACCGGGUCGACCUCGAAAAUGUCCCCUCCAGGCCGUGGUAUCAAUGCAAGCAUUCCAGGCUGCCCAGUUUGUCAGCCCAGAACUGAAUGAGGGUGACGAGGGGGUGGCACUACCCCUCGGCCCUGAUACAGUCACAGACGCCAUCGAAGCUGUUGUUCAGAGUGUAAACCUGAAUCCAGAACAUAAGAAGGGACUGAAGAGGAAAAGUUGGCUGUUGGAAGAACAGACCAAGAAAAAGCAGAAGCCAUUCCCCGAGCAAGAAGAACAAGAGAAUACUAAGAGCUUCACUGAAGCAGCAGUUGAGAUUCCCAGUCCUCCUGAAACCCCCGCCAAACCUCCCGAACCUGAAAGUACCUUGCAGCCUGUGCUUUCUCUCAUCCCAAGAGAAAAGAAGGCCCCACGCCCCCCAAAGAAGAAGUUUCAGAAAGCAGGGCUGUAUUCUGACGUUUACAAAACUACAGACCCAAAGAGCCGAUUGAUCCAAUUAAAGAAAGAGAAGCUGGAGUACUCCCCAGGAGAGCAUGAAUAUGGGUUAUUCCCAGCCCCCAUUCAUGUUGGAAAGUAUCUAAGGCAGAAGAGAAUUGACUUCCAGCUUCCCUAUGACAUCCUUUGGCAGUGGAAACAUAAUCAGCUAUACAAAAAGCCAGAUGUCCCCCUAUAUAAAAAAAUCCGUUCAAAUGUUUACGUUGAUGUCAAACCGCUUUCUGGUUACGAGGCUACCACCUGUAACUGUAAGAAGCCAGAUGAUGACACCGGGAAGGGCUGUGUGGACGACUGCCUCAAUCGAAUGAUCUUUGCUGAGUGUUCCCCCAACACUUGCCCCUGCGGUGAGCAGUGCUGUAACCAGAGAAUACAGAGGCAUGAGUGGGUGCAGUGUCUAGAACGAUUUCGAGCUGAGGAAAAAGGUUGGGGAAUCAGAACCAAAGAACCCCUAAAAGCUGGGCAGUUCAUCAUUGAAUACCUAGGGGAGGUUGUCAGCGAACAGGAGUUCAGGAACAGGAUGAUCGAGCAGUAUCAUAAUCACAGUGAUCACUAUUGUCUGAACCUGGACAGUGGGAUGGUGAUUGACAGUUACCGCAUGGGGAAUGAGGCUCGAUUCAUCAACCACAGCUGUGACCCAAAUUGUGAGAUGCAGAAAUGGUCUGUUAAUGGCGUAUACCGGAUCGGACUGUACGCUCUGAAAGACAUGCCAGCUGGUACCGAACUCACUUACGACUACAACUUUCAUUCCUUUAAUGUUGAAAAACAGCAACUAUGUAAGUGUGGCUUUGAGAAAUGCCGAGGGAUCAUUGGAGGCAAGAGCCAGCGCAUGAACGGGCUCCCCAGCAGCAAGAGCAGCCAGGCUGUGGCCACACACAGGAAGUCCGGGCGGUCCAAGGAGAAGAGGAAGUCCAAGCACAAGCUGAAAAAAAGGAGAGGCCACCUCUCCGAGGAACCCAGUGAGAACAUCAGCACCCCAACAAGAUUGACCCCCCAGUUACAAAUGAAGCCGAUGUCCAAUCGGGAGAGGAACUUUGUAUUAAAGCAUCAUGUGUUCUUGGUCCGAAACUGGGAGAAGAUUCGGCAGAAACAGGAGGAAGUGAAGCACACCAGUGAUAAUAUUCACUCGGCGUCAUUAUAUACCCGCUGGAACGGCAUCUGCCGAGAUGAUGGAAACAUCAAGUCUGACGUCUUCAUGACCCAGUUCUCCGCCCUGCAGACAGCUCGGUCUGUUCGCACAAGACGGUUGGCAGCCGCAGAGGAGAACAUUGAAGUGGCCCGGGCAGCCCGCCUCGCCCAGGUCUUCAAAGAGAUCUGUGAUGGCAUCAUCGCCUAUAAAGAUUCUUCCCGACAAGCACUGGCAGCACCACUUUUGAACCUGCCCCCAAAGAAAAAGAAUGCUGAUUACUAUGAGAAGAUCUCUGACCCCCUGGAUCUUUCGACCAUCGAGAAGCAGAUCCUCGUUGGGUAUUAUAAGACUGUGGAGGCUUUCGACGCCGACAUGCUCAAGGUCUUCCGGAAUGCCGAGAAGUACUACGGGCGGAAAUCCCCGACUGGGAGAGACGUUUGCCGCCUGCGAAAGGCCUAUUACAAUGCCCGGCAUGAGGCCUCGGCCCAGAUCGAUGAGAUUGUGGGAGAGACAGCGAGUGAGGCCGACAGCAGCGAGACCUCAGUGUCUGAGAAGGAGAACGGGCAUGAGAAGGACGACGAUGUCAUCCGCUGUAUCUGUGGCCUCUACAAGGACGAAGGCCUCAUGAUCCAGUGUGACAAGUGCAUGGUCUGGCAGCACUGUGACUGCAUGGGAGUCCACUCGGAUGUGGAGCAUUACCUCUGUGAGCAGUGCGACCCGAGGCCCGUGGACAGGGAGGUACCCAUGACCCCGCGGCCCCACUACGCCCAACCUGGCUGUGUCUACUUCAUCUGUUUGCUCCGAGAUGACCUGCUGCUUCGUCAAGGUGACUGUGUGUACCUGAUGAGGGAUAGCCGGCGCACGCCCGAUGGCCACCCGGUCCGUCAGUCCUAUCGACUGCUGUCUCACAUUAACAGAGAGAAGCUUGACAUCUUCCGCAUUGAGAAGCUUUGGAAGAAUGAAAAAGAGGAACGGUUUGCCUUUGGCCACCAUUAUUUCCGUCCCCACGAAACCCACCAUUCUCCAUCCCGUCGGUUCUAUCACAAUGAGCUGUUUCGGGUGCCACUGUAUGAGAUCAUACCCCUGGAGGCUGUGGUGGGGACCUGCUGUGUCCUGGACCUGUACACAUACUGUAAAGGGAGACCCAAGGGAGUGAAGGAGCAGGACGUGUACAUCUGCGAUUACCGGCUCGAUAAGUCAGCCCACCUGUUCUACAAGAUGCACCGGAGCCGCUACCCUGUGUGCACCAAGCCCUACGCCUUCGACCACUUCCCCAAGAGGCUGGCACCCAGGAGAGAUUUCUCGCCUCACUAUGUCCCAGACAACUACAAGAGGAACGGAGGGCGAUCAUCCUGGAAGUCUGAGCGCUCAAAGCCACCCCUGAAAGACCUGGGCCAGGAGGACGAUGCCCUGCCCUUGAUUGAAGAGGUCCUGGCCAGCCAGGAGCAGGCCGCUGAGGAGAUGCCCAGCCUGGAGGAGCCCGAACAGGAGGGGACUGCUGCCGACGGCCGCGAGGCUGAGAAAAAGCCGGACGAGAGGAGUCAGGAACCCCAGGCAGCCUGUACCCCCGAGGAGCGACGGCACAACCAGCGUGAACGACUCAACCAGAUCUUGCUCGGUCUUCUUGACAAAAUCCCUGGAAAAAAUGCCAUUGAUGUGACCUACUUGCUGGAGGAAGGGUCAGGCAGGAAGCUGCGGCGGCGUACUCUGUUUAUCCCAGAAAACAGCUUUCGGAAGUGAGCCUCAAGGAGCAGCAGCCUCCCGCGCCUGGGACCCAGCGGAGCCGGUCGUCCUGCCUCCUGCUCCCUGAGUGUAGACGGGGGCGGGAAGGUCCGUCCAGCAGCGGCACGGGGCCAUGUCGUUGACAUUAGGUACUUAGCAAACCUCGGAGCUGGCGGUGAGGAAGAGGAGGGUCUGUCUAACCAGGUCGGCGCAACUUGUUUUCCUCUCCAUCUCUUCACCCCGAGGGUUAACGAUGCAGGGAUGAGGGAGAGCACAUUAGGGGGACCAAAACCCUUUGGCACCCCCAGCACCUGCCCCUCCCUGUGUCACCCUCUGACCCCACCGGCACUGCUCCGAAGCUGCUUCCUAUACCCAGGUGUAACUCAGAGUCCACAGGGGUGACCCCGGCCUCCGCCCCUCCCCCGUCUGUUCUCAGUGGGCUCCAAGAGCUCAGAAACAGGAGCUGGGCCUCUGUCCAGAUCCCCGACUAGGAGGCUCCUCCGUCCUUGCUCAGCCAGGUCAAAGUCAAACCGGAGUUGCCACCUCAAGCACUUGCAUGUGCUGCCUGCCCCGCCUCUGCCCCCAUGGAAGUGGGGGCCCCGGGGCCCCACGGGUCAUCAGGGCCCGUCCUUCCGGGACUUUCUGAGUUGGAACCUUCAGAACCUGCCCAACGUGUUCUUUCUAGCGAGACGGCCAGGCCCCCGCCAGCACAUGUGCGUUUUACGCACUGUGGUUUGUGUGUCUGCUGUGCUGUGCAAAUGGAAAUUCAUUCCAAAAUAAACUCGUUUUAAAAGCUACAUAAAAAUGAACUCUAAACCCCACCAAACAAAAGUCACUACAUGAACUGUUGAACAGUAUUCACCUAUCAGAGUAUUUGUUGUGAGUGUAGAUUAUCAAUUGAAAACACUACUCUUGUUUUAAUUGUACAGUUUUCAGUGUCCAUCUCUUAAAGAGACAGUGUCCCCGCCCCAGUUCCAUCUCCUCACCCUCCUGUUGCCUUCAGCAUCAGGAGAGAGAUCAGGGUGUUUCCUUCCUUCCCAUUCUCUGACCAGAAGCUACCAGACAAUAGUGUCUCUUUAAAAAUAAAAUUUAAAAAGCUUUGCUUUGUUGUCCUCUCAGACAUACAUAUGCAUAUACGUUUUAGAUGUUCUUAUAAGAGAAAAGAUGGUUUUUAAAUGUGCCAAGUUGUGUGUGUAUAUAUAUAUAUGUAUGUACAUAUAUAUAUGUAUAUAUAUAUAUAUCUGCUGCGUGAUUAGUAAGCAAUACAGUAGUAAACAGGUCCCCAUUACUUUUUCUAAUACCGGACCAAUGCUGUCCUAAUUGUACAUUUUCCCUUAUGAUGACGACGCUCUGACUUGUUUAGGUAGAGAAACAUUGACCACCUUCCAUUCCAUUGAAUCUUUUUUUCUUUUUCUCCUUUCUGUGUCAAUCUUGAGGGAAAAAAAAAAAAAAAAAA